CAAGGCAUUUACAAUUCUUGACUAAAAGUAAGCUUGCUGUUUACCUGUGGGAGGUGGAGUUGUAGCUUCCAGCCACUUCUCCAAAGAAAAAAACAUAAAGUUGCUUGCAAAUUGCAUUGACUUUUUUAAUAGCUAGUCUUCCACUAAGAGAGAUCUAUCUCAGUAUACCAUUGAUUUCCUAAUUUCCCUCACCAAAUUUCUUAAACCUUUCUCAUGAUCUGUGCUUCCUUUUUCUGAUUGAAUCGAAUCAUCACGUAUUCUGUUCUUGAUCUGUAUACCAUUGAUUUCCUGAUUUCCGUCACCAAAUUUCUUAAACCUUUCUCAUGAUCUUUGCUUCCCUUUUCCUCAUUUCCCUUUUCUGACUUCUGCGAAUCAUCUCGUAUAGUGUUCUUGAUCUGUAUCUUUCUUGCUUGAAAGAUCAGCUUUCCCAGAGUUUCAACAUUGGGGCGCGUACGUCCACACGUUUCCACACUCAGCAAUUAGCUUCAGAUUCUUUUGUUAAAAUUCUUUUGAAUCCAGGGCCAAAGAAGAAAGCGGUGAAAAUGGCUAGACAGAAUGAUCCAUUUUGGGAUUUUGUUGGGAAGUUGGAUGGUGGUCGUUUCAACUGUACAUUUUGUGGCUAUAAAUAUGCUGCUGCUACUUCCAUUACGAGGAUCAAAUGGCAUUUGUCAGGAGUCCAAGGGCGUGGUGUUGCAAUUUGUAGACAAGUGCCUGAAGACGUUCAAGAAGCAGCUUUUCAAGCUGUGCAUGGUGCCAACAAAAGACAUAAAAGCAAUGUUAAUGAUAAUCCAUUUCCAACCACUCCACAAGAACAAAACAAUAAUGAAGUCGACAAUUUGGCAGGGGAUGCAGGAACGAUACAAGCUCCAGAUACAAUGAUUCAAGCAAUUGGAAUGUUUUUGAACGAUAUCACUACUGUAUUGGAGGAUGCUACAGAGAAUGGGACUGGAGGAGUAGCGCAGCCUGGUGCAGGAGCUAGCUCUUCUGGAGGGCUUACAGGCAACACAAAUGAGACUCCAGGAGAUCCAUUACCUACUAGCUUACAUGUUGAAGUCGACAAUGUGGCACCACAAGGGCAACAUCUGGAGAGAGUAACUGGGCAGCCUGUUGUAAGAGGUAGUUCUCAUGAGAGGCCACUUGUUAAUCACGAUGAGCCUCAAGAAGAUCAACUCUGUCCUCCACUAGUGAACAUGGUUGGAGACCCUGGGCAGCCUGUUGUGAGAGACAGCUCUCGUGAAGUUCUCCAACGUAAUGGCGAUGACAGCGGACGAGAUGUGUUUCUAACUGAAGAACUAACAGGUGGAGAGUUUGAAAAUAAUAAGAAUGCUAUCUGGUCGUGGGUAAUGAAUGAUGAGGCCUCAUCAAGUAUUGGCAUUUACGGGAUGGGGGGUGCGGGCAAAACAACAUUGCUCACACAUAUCUACAAUCAGCUUCUACAAGAACCUGGCACUUUUCCUCAUGUUCACUGGAUCACGGUAUCGCAGGAUUUUAGUGUUUAUAAAUUGCAGAAUCUUAUUGCAGAAGACUUUCAUUUAGAUCUUUCAAAUGAAGACAACGAGAGGAAAAGGGCUGCAAAACUUUCAAAAGCAUUAAUUGAGAAACAACGGUGGGUUCUCAUCUUAGAUGAUUUGUGGGACUGUUUUGAUUAUAAUAAGGUGGGAAUUCCUAUCAGAGUGAAGGGAUGCAAACUAAUUCUUACAACUCGAUCAUUUGGAGUUUGUCAGCGGAUGUUCUGCCAGAAGACAAUCAAAGUGGAGCCUCUUUCAAUGGAAGAAGCUUGGGCUCUGUUCAUGAAGGUACUUGGAUGUAUUCCUCCAGAAGUGGAAGAAAUUGCAAGAUCUAUUGCAAGUGAAUGUGCUGGUUUGCCUCUUGGAAUUAUAACAAUGGCCGGAACCAUGAGGGGAGUGGAUGACAGAUGUGAGUGGAGGAAUGCUUUGGAGGACCUGAAACAAUCAAGAAUUAGGAAAGAUGAUAUGGAGCCUGAGGUAUUCCACAUACUGAGAUUUAGUUUUAUGCACUUAAAGGAGUCAGAACUGCAACAAUGCUUCUUGUACUGUGCAUUAUUCCCGGAAAACUUCAAGAUCCGUAGAGAGGAUUUGAUAGCUUAUUUGAUUGACGAGGGAGUGAUAAAAGGGCUGGAAAGUAGGGAGGCAGAAUUUGACAAAGGCCACUCGAUGCUGAAUAAACUCGAAAGAGUCUGCCUAUUGGAAAGUGCUGAGAAAUUGGCUGACGAUUAUAGAUAUGUCAAGAUGCAUGACUUGGUUAGGGAUAUGGCCAUCCAAAUACUGCAAGAGAACUCUCAAGGCAUGGUUAAAGCAGGUGCACGGUUAAGAGAAGUGCCGAGUGCAGAGGAGUGGACUGAGAAUCUUACAAGAGUUUCACUGAUGCAUAACCAGAUUAAAGAAAUUCCUUCCAGCCAUUCACCAUGUUGUCCCAGCCUAUCAAUUCUACUGUUAUGCGGCAAUUCAGAGUUGCAAUUUAUAGCAGAUUCAUUUUUUGAGCAGUUGCAUGGGCUCAAGGUUCUUGAUCUGUCUUAUACAGGUAUCACAAAACUACCUGAUUCUGUCUCUGAAUUGGUGAGUCUCACUGCAUUACUGCUCAUAGAAUGCAGGAAGAUAAGGCAUGUACCAUCAUUGAUAAAGCUCUGGGAACUGAAGAGGUUAGAUCUCUCUGGUACUCGGGCACUUGAAAAGAUUCCUCAAGGCAUGGAAUGUCUAUGCAACCUGAGGCAUCUUAGAAUGAAUGGAUGUGGUGAAAAGGAGUUUCCUAGUGGGUUGUUACCUAAGCUCUCUCACCUGCAAGUCUUUGUAUUGGAGGAGUGGAUUCCUCCUGGUACCAAAGAUAAUAGAAGAGGACAACCUGCUCCGUUAACUGUUAAAGGAAAGGAAGUGGGUUGUUUGAGGAAGUUGGAAAGUUUGGUAUGCCAUUUUGAAGGUUACUCAGACUACGUGGAGUUUAUCAAAUCUCGGGAUGAAACCAAAUCACUAACCACAUACCAAAUUCUUGUAGGACCACUGGAUAAGUAUCGUUAUGGUUAUGGUUAUGAUUAUGAUAAUGAUGGUUGCAGAAGGAAAACAAUUGUUUGGGGUAACUUGAGUAUCGACAGAGAUGGAGGUUUUCAGGUCAUGUUUCCAAAGGACAUUCAACAAUUGACUAUUGAUAAUAAUGAUGAUGCAACAAGUUUAUGCGAUUUUUUAUCUCUAAUAAAGAAUGCAACUGAACUGGAGGCUAUCAAGAUUUUUAGUUGCAAUAGCAUGAAGAGCUUGGUUUCAUCUUCUUGGUUCCGCUGUACUCCGCUACCAUCUCUAUCUUACAACGGUAUAUUUUCUGGUCUUAAACAGUUUAAUUGUUCUGGUUGUAAGAGCAUGAAGAAGUUGUUCCCUCUUGUCUUGCUGCCAAGCCUCGUAAACCUGGAAAAGAUUACAGUUAAAGGUUGUGAGAAAAUGGAGGAGAUAAUAGAUGAAACAAGACCAGAUGAAGAGGGGGUUAUGGGUGAAGAAACCAGCAGCAGCAAUAUCGAAUUCAAACUCCCAAAGUUAAGAUAUCUGAAAUUGGAGGGAUUACCAGAACUGAAAAGGAUUUGUAGUGCAAAACUGAUUUGCGAUUCUAUCGGAGUAAUUGACGUAAGAAAUUGCGAGAAGAUGGAGGAGAUAAUAAGUGGAACAAGAUCAGAUGAAGAAGGGGUUAUGGGUGAAGAAAGCAGCAGCAGUAGCAUCACCGAUCUCAAACUCACAAAAUUAAGUUCUCUAUCAUUUAUUGAAUUACCAGAACUGGAAAGCAUUUGUAGUGCAAAACUGAUUUGCGAUUCUCUCAAAGAGAUUGCAGUUUAUAAUUGUAAGAAGCUGAAAAGGAUGCCAAUUUGUCUUCCGUUGCUUGAAAAUGGCCAGCCAUCUCCUCCCCCUUCUCUUGAAGUAAUCUAUGCAACGCCAAAAGAAUGGUGGGAGUCAGUAGUGGAUUGUGAGAAGCUGAGGAGGUUGCCAAUUUGUCUUCCGUUGCUUGAAAAUGGCCAGCCAUCUCCUCCCCCUUCUCUUAAAUACAUCAGGGUAGAUUCAGAAGAAUGGUGGGAGUCAGUAGUGGAGUGGGAGCAUCCUAACGCUAAGGAUGUCCUUCGUCCCUUUGUAGAGUUUUUUGUGUGCUGACGACAGUGCCCUUAAUAUAAUAUUAAAUUAAGAGUAAGCAUUGUUGUUUUAAUUGGAUUAAGCUUAAGCUAUGUGUCUACUUAAUGACUGAUGUGUUUAUUAUAUCAAUAGGUUUGACAUUUA